AGAAAAUUGAAAACAUAAUGCCAGGGGUAAGAAAUCAUCAUUUGUUUUGGUUGACCCCCGAAAUCAAAUUUUGGAGCACUCAUUUAGGGUUUUAGUCUAUUCAUCAUCUUUACUAUUUGCAGCAUAUUUUUUUCUGAUGUUGUGAAAAAGAAAAACUACCAAAAUAAUAUAUAUAGAUACAUCAAAUAAAAAUGCAGCGUCCAUUGUCAAAAAGCAUGGUGGGAAGCGGCGGCGGAAGGGGGCGGUGGCUGCGGAAUAGGUAUUGGAUUCUCAGGCAUGGCAAAAGCAUUCCGAACGAGAAGGGCCUCAUCGUUUCUUCUAUGGAAAACGGGAUACUUGCUGAAUAUGAAUUAGCUGCUCAAGGUGUUGAUCAAGCCACAUUGGCCGGACACUCCUUCAAACAGAUCCUGUUGGAAACCAACACUCGGCUUGAAAAUGUCCGGCUAUGCUACUCUCCAUUCUCAAGAACAACUCACACUGCCAAAAUGGUUGCUUCGGUUCUAGAUAUUCCGUUUGAAGGACCACAGUGUAAGGUUAUGCCCGAACUUCGUGAACGAUAUUUUGGACCGUCAUUUGAACUUAAAUCGCACGACAAGGUAAAUUUUUGUCUGCACUUCUGCAGCAGAUUCUUUGCUAUUUCUCUGUUACACAGAUACAGAGAAGAAUUAAUGGUUUCUUAUUUGAAUAUCAUUUGUCCCUUGUCUCCCAUUGUCAGUACACCGAGAUUUGGGAUCUGGAUGUAAAGGAUCCAUUCCUGCCACCUGAAGGUGGAGAAAGUGUUGCUGAUGUUGUUCAUAGACUCACGAGGGCAUUAGUGAGCAUAGAGUCAGAAUUUGAAGAGUAACAUAAUGCUCCUCUUAAGUUUUGUUAUCCCUAUUUCAGGGAAGUCUAUUUCUACUAAUGUAUGUUUUGGUACUAAUGGCAGAUGUGUGGUUUUGAUUGUAAGCCAUGGCGAUCCCCUUCAGAUUCUGCAAACAAUGCUGAAAGCAGCAGCAGCCAUAGAACCAGCAGGUGAGAAAGAAGACCUGGUGUCGAGAAUAGAGGCGAUCACAGUCCCAUCUAUUCUUUCAAAACACAGGAAUUAUGCAUUGCUCACUGGAGAGCUUCGAUCUGCUGCAUAAUCAGGAUGAAGUAGUGAUAUGUUCAUUGUCAAUUAUUGUUGUCUGUGGUUCAAUGUAAAUUGGGAUACACAGACAGCACAUUAGAAUAAUACUAUGAUUAAACAUUCGUGAUGGAUCUGCGCAUUUAUAUGCAAGAAGAGUAUCGUUAACUGGCAGCAACAAGUUAGAGUGGUUGCUUAUUUGUCUUAUUAUUUAAUAAUUGCAGUUAAUUUAUAUUCAUGUGGUUGUAGAGAAAGAAACGAUGUGUUUCUUCGUUGUUGAGAUGAGAAAAAAAGGAAAGAACUAGUUGCCACUCUCCCUAUAAAUUAUUGAGCGUAUUUAGGUUUCACUUUUGAGUGGCACGAGAAUUAAGAGC